ACAAUAAAAUACCUUUCCCCUCCGCCCUUCAUAAUUUUUUUUUUUUUUUUUGACUUUAUUAUCAUUAAACAAAACAAAAACAAUAACUACCUUUCAUUUUCAUUCAAUAGAUGAAAAUUUGACAAAAAAUUGAAAAAAAAAAAUUCUAAUAAAAUGUAAUUUAAAAUGAAAUAUGGAAGAGAAAAUGCGCGUGAACUAUGGCGCCAAUAAGGACGCCAUUUUUCAUGAAAGUGUGUCGUGUCUUGGUUAAAUCAAGUUGAACUGUGGUGGCAGACGUGAAUUUUUUUUUACCGUGAUUUUCAUUGUGUUAAAAUUAAUUGUAAAAUAAUCACUAAAUAAUAGAAAUAAUGCAUUCCUCAGUGCAUUGGAAAAUAGGCUGAAAGAUUGUGAAAAAGUAAAUAAAAAUGCAAGCUGAAACUAUUUGUACACAAGAUAUCGAUGGAUUUGAAGCUGAAACAUUCAUUCCAGAGGAAAAUUAUAUUCUAUCGUGUGAUAUUAUACAGCGAAAUAGAUCUCAGGAUGCUUUGUCCAUAGUUGAAUUGGGAAAGCAACUUCUUGAAUGUGCAAGAAAUGGAGCCACAGAUUUGGUUAGAGAUCUUAUGUGUCGAGGGGCACCAUUUACCACCGAUGGGCUGGGAACGAGUGCAUUACAUUUGGCGGCUCAAAAAAAUCAUACCGAAACUGCUGAGGUUUUACUUAGAGCAGGGAUAUCGAGAGAUGCAAGAACUAAAGUUGAUCGUACUCCUCUACAUUUGGCUGCAUAUGAGGGUCAUCAUCAAAUGGCACAAUUGCUUCUUAAAUAUGGAGCUGAUGUCGAUAGUCGCGAUAUGUUAAAAAUGACUCCACUACAUUGGGCAGUGGAAAAACAAAAUUUAGAAGUGAUUCACGUAUUAUUGGAUAACGGUGCUGAUACAAAUGCAAACAGUAAAUUUAAUAAAACGCCAAUAAGUAUUGCAUUGGAGAAAGAUAGACUCGAUUUAGUUGAUCUUUUACAACAGGAGAGAAUUCAUACAUUUCAUGGACAAUCUUGUGCCGUUGAACUUGAAGUUGCAACACAAAAUUUAGUUGAUCUUGAAUCCGAAAGGCAAAAGGAGCAUCAUAAUGUUAAAUUUCAAAUUCCCGAAUCUCUACCCAAGCGCAAAUCGAAUUCUGCCAAAAAGGAGAGAGUAAUUUUCCGUCAAGUUCCAAUUUCAUCAGCGAGCGAUGAUGAUCAUGAAUUUGAUUUGACUAAUAUUACAAAUAUGAAUAAUAACGCAACACCGGGAAAUAGUAAAAAGCACAAAGAUUUGGAAAGUAUGGAAAUUGAUCAACCAUUAAGAUUACUGCAAGCUCAUGGACUUGCAAUGAUGAUGGAUAAUGAUACAAUUGUUGAAAAUGCAAUGGAAAGUGGACAAACAGUCGUUCUUACUGAAGCAGGAAAAUUGGCGUUAAAUUUAACAAGAACACCACCAAUGAGCAUAAAACGAUUACAAGUAGGUGCUAAAAAAGGUGGAUCAAAAAAAUUAAUUGCUAUAAGAGCUGAUCAAUUUUUAGCUCAUAAUCAAUCUAGUAUUACUGCUAGAGCGCCUAAUAUUUUAAAAAGAAAUGAUUCUAAAUCAGGAAAAUUAUUUAUUAAUUCAGUUUCUAAUACAAUGGUAAAUUGUCCACCGCUCACAUCAACAACAAAAAAUUCCACACCUAAGCAAAAAACAAAAACAUCACCAAUAAAAGUGCCAGAAUCAGUGAUAUUACAAUUAGAUGACGAAAUUGAAGAAACAGAUGAUGAUGAAGAUGAUGAUAAUGAUUUGAUUUAUAAUUCAGAACCAAUAACAACCGAUGUUGCCGAGCUUAGUAGACAAUUAGCUGAAGCAAGAAGGGAAAUAGAAGUGUACAAAAAGAGAUUUCAAAAAAAAGUCGAGGAAGCCGAAGUUUAUAAGCAGCAGAUAAAAAAUUUUACAUCUCAAAAGGCGAAUCAGUAAAUUUAAAAUUUUAUUACAUAAUUUGCAAAACAAAAAAAAAAAAAAAAGAAAAAAAAAUAGUCAGCUUUCAUUCAUUCGUCAAUAAAAUGAGGACAAAAAAAUUAUCUUCAUUUUACCGCAUAUUUAAAAUAAAAACAAAAAAAAAAUGGGGGCCUAUUAUCCCAUAAAAAUUGGUAAGAAUUUUUAUUUAAAAAAUUCUAAUUACUUUUACAGGAUAAUUAUUCGCUCGAUUAUAAUUUUGUCAAUUGUCUUCAUUUUUUUUUUAAAUCUAACAUUAAAUAAACUAAUUGGAAAAAUUAAAAUUUAAUUAGAAAAUAAUAAAUAAGUUAAUAAAUUUUGUUUUAAUUUUAAUUUUUCUAGAUUAGAAACCCCUUUUUUUACAUAAACGACUGACGGCUGACUUGUUCAAUAAAAAAAAGUGCGCGUACUAUUGUAAUAUAUAUAUAAUCGUAAACUUACUCGAUACUUUCAUCGAUAUCAAUUGGAUUCCAAAUGUUUAAAAAAAAAAGAAGAAUAAUAAUUUAGUUUAAUACUUUUGUAUAGAGAAGAGUGUGAGGUAUUUUAUAUAUAGAUUUAUAUAUAAUUAAAAAUGUUACUACUUUAAGCUUAACUUAGAGAUUGUAUAAAAAAAAAAUUACAUACACAAAAAAAAAAACAUUUCAAAAUAUUGUCUUGAAAAUAUUGUCUUGAAAAUAUUGUCUCAAGAUGUCCAUCAUUGUGCUUUACGAUAUUGUAUUUAAAUGACGUAUAGAGUUAAUCUUACGUAUACAAUACAUUCUCGUGGAGAUUAUUUUUGUUAAAAAAAAAAAAAAAAAAAAUAUGAAAAAUAUAUUUUACAUGCUUCAUAUUGAUGCAGAAAAAGUGUCGUUAUUGAACAUUUUUAACUUAUAAACCAUUUUUGUAAUUACAUUUUUUAUUUUAUUUACCAAAGAAAAAAAAAUGUUUCUCCUUUUUCCGACGUAUAAUUUAAAAUAUGAAUUUUGUAAAUUAAUUAUUAAUUUAUAACAAAUCGUAUUCAAAUAAAGUCAAAAAAUUAUUCUCGAUAAUCAUUCAAUUUGUCUGAUUUUGAGUAGUAAUUAUUUAUUAUUAUUAAUAAAUAAAAAUAAUUGUAAUUUUUUUAAAAUGAAUAAAUCAAUGAUAAUUUAGAAUAAUUUUUUGAUUUUAUAUUUGUAAAAAUUAGGAAAAUAGUGAAUGAAAUUUUAAAAAUUUUCAAUUCUAAACUGCUUUGUUAAUUGUCGAUUAUCAAUAAUUGUAUAUUUUAUUAGUUGGCAUUCAGCCAGAGGGAUGCAACAGUUGUUGAAAAGUUGAAUUCGCAUAUCGCGAAGGUAUUUUCAUUGAGUUUACUCUCCUCCUUUUUUUUACACGGGGAAGUCGCGAUUCAUUCAUUUCUUUGCUUAUCAAUAUAUAGUCAACUCUCUAGUUACUCCUGAAAGAAAAACCAAUUUUUUUAAUUUCCAACUUUUAUAUAUAUAUUUUUUUUAUUAUUGGAAAAUUUUUAUAUUAACAUUUUCAGUGAUAUGUUAAUUAUUAAAAAAUUUUAAUUUUUGAAAAUCAAAAUUCUUGAAAUUCGUCUAAUUUAAAAAAAAAAAAAAAUUACAUUGGAAAAUGAUUUCUUAAAAAAAUUAACAAAAAUCUACUUUAAUUUAUAGUUAAUAAAAAUCCUUUUUUCGAAAGCAAAUUUAUUGGAUUUUCUCAAUGGAGUGUAAUGUGACUAUCUCUAGGUCUAGGAAAUCUGCUUUGAUCGUUAGAGCAAGUAUAUAAGGAAACACCCUCUUUCGACUCUGCGGUCGUCGAUCGAUUGCGGGCUAGCUAGAAAGCGUUUGAGAAUUCAAAAGUUGAACAUUUCAAAGUUCAAGAAUCAAAAAAUUGGAAAUUUACACUUUUUUCAAUAUUGCUAUAAUAGUUACGAAUUUUUAAUUUUUUUCUCGACAGUCUAGUGAAUAAUAUUUGCAAUAUUUUCUAAUUUCAAAAAAAAAAAAAAAUAAAUAAAAAAGAGAAAAACGGUAGCAAAAAUAGAGUAUUAAAACAAAUCAUCUCAGAGACACAAUGUGUGCACUUUUAUUAUCGGAUUUAUGUACCGAGUAUACUCGUUUUUCUCAGAAUUGUAUAGUGCAAUUGUUUUUAAAAAAAAAAAACACCUCUCUGCGCCUCCCAACAUUAUAUUUCUUUGAAGGUGAAUGGUAAACUCAUGUAAACUGAACACGUCGAGCAUGAAAGUUAAGAGAAGGGGGUUGAUUGUAUAAUGCCAACUUAAAGUGAAGGGCACAACUUUUGACCUUUCGCCCCUGGUUACUUUGUAAUAAUCUCCCCCCUCCCCUCUCAUCAUCUAUUUUCUUAAAUUCUCUUUAAAAGAAUUUUUUUUUUCUGUAAUUUUUAAAAAAUAUUUCACAAAAAAAAAGUAAUUCUUUUUUAUUUUCAAUUUAUAGUACAUUAUUCUUGUAGUAUAGAAUAGAAAUAUUGUAAAUAAAUAUUUUUCAACUUACAUUUAAGUGUUAGUUAAAUAAAUAUAUUUUAAAGAAAGAAAAAAAAAUGAUCCUAACCUCAAAUAUGAAAAAUAUACUUGGAUAAAAAAAAGAGAUUUUUUUUUAUAACCUUAUUGUAUGUGGAUAUGUCAACAAAUGAUAUGUGUGAAAAGAGGGGGCAUGUGAUUUUGAUAACACGAACCUGGUCAGUGGUGAUCAACUGGUUGACGAUUCAUAAUCUAGUGUUGAUGCCGGACCAAACCCGAAGGCAUAUAUAAUGGGCAGUGAGUUCAGUGCUAAUUUCGCGGUGUUUCAAUGAAGACGAGAAAAGCAACGGUGUGAUCUUUGUGCUCUCUUUUUUAAAAAAAAAAAAAAAACUAUAUACAACACUUCUCGUCUUAACAAUUAUAUUGUGCUGAAAAAAAACUAUUAAAAAAAUAUAGUUGUGUAUGUGUGUGCUGUGGAACGCUCUUCUAAAUAAGCUACUCACUACAAUGUGAGAGAGAAAGUGACAAGAUUUAUUUUAUGCACUUAAAAAAUUCCCUUGUGAAAAUAAGAAAAUUAGAGGAUAAUAAAAGAAAAAAAAAAGCCAAGAGAGGUGUCUGCAAUUUUGUUAGA